GGGGUGCUGAGGUUUCGAAGAGCUAGGACAAGAGAUAUUUCGAGGAAAUACGAAGUGAUGAAGAGAACAUCUCUAGCAAGAAAUGAAUUUCAGCGUUUUUGAGUGCGACCCUCACCAUCCAGCAUGAUUCCAUUUUGACCCUUAUUACCUAUCGCUUCAUCAUUCCGUAAGUUUAAACGAAUGAACUUAAGUGCGAACGCUUACCGGAGUGUGGCAUACAGGAAGUCCUGAUCCCGUUUCAUGCACGAAUUUGAAAAAAAUAUUCACGCGUCACGAAUGCUUUAAACAUAUCACGCAUCAAGAUUUGAAAGAGAAAAAUUCAAAUCUCAGUUCAGUGCAGUGCUAAUGGUGCAAGGAAUUGUUUACCACAAUGCACUCUAAGUUCAUUAGACAUGGCAUGGCCCAGGUUGAUCGGCACAAAACACAUUUUUCUUUGUCGUAUUAAAAUGGGUGAGGAAAUGAACAGAUUUGCCUCAUACGCAGCGGGGGAGGGGUCAGGGUUUGAAGCCGUUACGCGUUAGUGGCACAACACCUACUAAAAUCCAUUUAACCCUUUCACUCUCAACAAAACUGUAGUAAUUUUUGUUACUGUCUGCCAUACAAUUCUUAUGAUGUUGGUUUGGAGAAUUCUUUAUUGGAUCAACUACUAAUUAAUCUCCAAACUGAUAUUUUCUUUGUUCUCAUCACUACUCUGCUUAAUAUUGUAUUGAUAUAUAGGGAGAAAUUCUGUCUUGGUGACUCAUAGGAGUGAUAGGUUUAAGACUGGCUCCAUGCCUCUUUGCUUGCCCUCCAUCAAAGUUGUUCUUCAAGAUAUACCCACCUUAUUAAUUUGUGAUUUUCUUGCAAGUUAAACGAUGGCAUCAGGCCAGAUCCAAACUGUCCUUGGUCCCAUUCCACCCAGUGCCUUGGGCCGCACCCUCACCCAUGAACACAUCAAGAUGGAUUACAAAUGCUGCCUGAGACCACCCUUGAGGGAGUCUGAUGCAGACAAAAUGGCAAAUUCAGAGUUCACUAUGGCCAAUCUUGGGUGGAUACAGCAGAAUCCCUACAGCCAUAAACUAAACUUGGCUCUUGGAGAUGAGCCCUUUGAUGAUAUUAUGGCAGAACUCAACUAUUUUAAGCAGGAGGGUGGCCAGAGUAUUGUCGAAGUGACUACAGUUGGUAUUGUAAGGGAUGUGGAAUACCUUGCCAAAGCAGCAUCGGCAACUGGCCUGAAUAUUAUUGCUGGAACAGGUUACUACUUAGACUCCACUCUUCCAGCAGAAGUAAAGUCUUCAUCAGUUGAAGAGCUUUCAAAGACCAUGGUCAAAGAACUUACUGAAGGUGUUGGUGAUACAUCAAUAAAGUGUGGUGUCAUUGGUGAAAUCGGCUGCUCUUGGCCAUUGGAGCCCACAGAGAAGAGGUCUCUCUUAGCAGCUGCCACAGCACAGACUUCAACUGGUGCUCCUCUGAUCAUCCACCCUGGACGUAAUGAGUCAUCACCCAUGGAGAUUGUCAGAAUUCUUCAAGAAGCUGGAGCAGACAUCAAUAAAACUGUCAUGAGUCAUCUUGAUCGCACUAUUUUUGAUCGAGAAAAACUCCUGGAGUUGGCAGCUACUGAGAUUUAUCUGGAGUAUGACUUUUUUGGUAUUGAACUGUCAUACUAUCAGCCUAACUAUGCUGUGGAUGGCAUCAGUGAUGCACAGAGAAUCCAGAAUAUUAAAUUUUUGGCCUCAGAAGGCUAUGAAGAUAAGAUUGUCAUUGCACAUGAUGUACACACUCGCCAUCGCCUAGUAAAGUAUGGUGGCCAUGGGUAUGCGCACAUACAAAAGAAUGCAGUACCAAAAAUGCUGAUGAGGGGAAUUUCUCGGGAGUUAGUUGACAAGAUUCAGAUCUCAAAUCCUAAAACUUGGUUAACCUUCAAGUAAAACAGUUUUAUUAGGGUGAACCUUGAAUGUUAUUGAGAAUUAGAAUAAUUUUUAUCUGUAGAUUUUUAAUUUUAUGUUUGACUAGAUAUCACCCAUGGCAAAUUAGGCAUGGAGUUGAUGGCUCUACUGGGAGAUUUUAUAGGUCUAAUGUAUGUUUUAGUUUGAUCCAGUCAUUUAAAGAUUAAUGAUUUAUUAAUUAUUUACUGAAUACACUCUUCAUCUAUCAACUGAAAUGCAUGAAUAAAUAAAGAAAACUUUUAAUUUCAUCAAUAAAGGGGUAAGUUUCUAUAGAAACUGUGGUGCUGCAUCAGUGUGAGAGUGUAACAGGGUAAUUUAGUAUUAUCAACUGAAUUGAUAAUGUACAUUGGCCACAGUAAAGAGUUAAGAAACUGAUGUUUCAAGCUUUAGCCCUCUGGCAGAGCACAGACAAGGGUUAAUGUUCAAAACCUUGGCUUUCUAACUCUUUACAGUGGCCAAUUAACAUUAUCAACAUAGUCAAUAAUAUUAAAUUACCCUAUUGAAAUUUCAUCAUUUGUCUGAAAAAUUAAUAAAAAUGGUCCAUUUCAUACAAAUGAUAUUUCCAUUGUAAGUUAAAAUGGAUUUCAGGUUAGAAUGAUCUCAAACUUGGUAUUCUUUGUUCAAGAAUUUCUAGUUUCUUAUCUAUAUUAAUUAAAUGCAAAAUGAAAAUCA